UAUCCUUCCGUCCAGAAGAGAUGACAAUCCGCAAGUUUCAUUCCACCAAUAAUGCUACAGUCUUCUUUUGGACUUGUGAAUAUUCUGUCGAGAGUCGAGACCUUAAUGGCACCGAAGAACCCCCCCCCAACUAACAGUGUCUCGCCCUGUAAAGAGAUGCCCUCCUCGUAAUUAGAUUAAUUUGCCAUUAACGUCCAUUUCGGGAGUUAUAACUGAAGCUUGCAGUUCGACUUCAACAAUGGACUCAGACACAAGCAGCUGUACAGAGAGCCAGUCCCAGGCAGAGUCUGAUCAGCAAGUUCUAGCUACACCCAUGAGGCCACCACUCAACCUGAUAGAGACUGGAGGAGGCAUGAAGGUACAGACGACCACACCUCACCUGGUUGGCCUGGGCAGUGGCCGGCUCAGUGUUGCCAUCACACUUAUGCCCCUAAAUGAAGGUGUGACCCGAAUUGGCCGAGAGGAUGCGUCCGUACCUCAAGACAUCACUAUUGAGGGCCUGGGUAUAGAGGCAGAGCAUUGUCGUAUUAUAAACAGAGGAGGAGUCAUCACCCUUCACCCUUCCGGAAACCUGUGCUCACUUGAUGGAGUCCAUGUCUCAAAGCCAACAUUGCUGACACAAGGAUUCACACUCUGUCUGGGUAAAUCCUACUUCUUCCGCUUUAACCACCCUGAGGAGGCCAGACGUAUGAAGAGCAUGCAGCCCCAGAAGAGUCUUGUUGCCACUAUGGGCUACAGCUCAGACUGUGUAAAGACUGAGCACAGCAAUGGCGGCUCAGUAGAUGGCACCAUGAUGAGAGGCUCCCGAUCGAAGGCGGAGCUGCAGGACCUGAUGGAGACUCUGCAGCGCAGGAAGAGUGCUCUAGAGGCUAGCCUGAGGGCCAGCACAGAAUCUACCCGUACCUACCUCAGCCUGCCCCCUCCUAGCCCCCUGUCCCCCACGCCCCCCAGGAGUGCCGAGCGCCCCCCCUCCUCCAGAGGCCUCCCCUACAUAACCAGUAGUAGCACGCCCCCCUCCCCUCGCCAGGGUGAGCGUCCUCUCAGCCCCAAACCACCAUACACCCGCUCACGCCACCAAUCACAGGACAGCCUGCUCCUCUCUAGCUCCUCUGACGGGCAUCGCCCAAAUGUAGCCAGUUCUCUCCUGUCCAUGUGGAAUGGUUCCUCUUCCUAUGGGGAUCCUGCACCCCGUCCUCCUCAGGGCCACAGUGGGGCGGCCAGCAUGCCCUCCAGCCCUCGUCUAGGCCGCAGGUUCUAUGCCCAGGGCCGGAACGGGGACAAUGGUAUGGACCCUGCACCACGUCAGAGGAAGUACUCUACAGGGUCACUCAACGGCCUGGGCUCUACCCACAGCCGCUCUCUACCCCGCCUCCACCGGUCGUCAGACUCUGCAGCCCUGUCCCUGCCCCCACGCCGCUCCAUGGGCUCCCACAGAGGGGAGAAGGGUUCUGUGUCCCUGUCCUCCAAAAUGAGGCGCAGCCUGUCUCCUCUGGAGCGGCCGCCAGACGUAACAGUGCUAGCAACAGCCAGCAUACCGGGUACUCCCCGCAGGGCCAGCCUGGCCUCUCUGGCCUCUCUGGGCUGUGAACUGGAGCACGGGGGCCUGCGGGGUUCCUCACCCUGCCUGGACCUGGGCCUGGGGGAGAGGAGGCAGUCCUUUGGGAAGGGUGGGCUGGGGCUGAGAUCAAGAAGAGGCAGCAUCAGCUCUCUGAAUGGGAAGGAGGAGCUUACAGACUAUCACAAGCACCAGAGAGACGAGAGGCUCAGAGAACAGGAGGUGCAGAGACUGGAGCACCAGCGGCUGGAGACCAUCCUGAGCCUGUGUACUGAGCUGGGCCGGGACCAGGGCGGCUCAGCCAUCUCCGACCUGCAGAAGAUCAACAAGGAGCUGGAGAAGCUGCAAGAGUCUGAUGAUGACUCAGUGUUCUCCAACUCCCCCGGCAGCGUCAGUGGCACUGCCCCGGAGAAUGUCUUUGGCACCAAAGCCCGGGAGUACCAGCUGGCUGAGGAGCGGCAGGUCCGCCAGCGCCGCCACAGCGGGCACAGAGAAGCCAGGGAUUCCAGGGCCCAGUCACCUGCUGUCAGCCUGCGCAUUAUUGUCCCCUCACCCUCCCCUCACCACAGAGCCAGGCAGCAGGCUACGGAGGAUGUGCAUCUGAAACAGGAAGUGACGCGUAUCGAGGAAGAGAGGAUCCAGGUGCUAAACAACAUAGAAGAGUUGGAGCAGAAGAUCAAAGACCUGGACAACCAGAUGGAGGAAUCCAUCAGAGAGAUGGAGGUGGAGCGGGCUCUGCUGGAGGGGGAGCAGGACUCUGAGAUGGCCCUGCUGCAUAGGGAGAAGGAGGUACUGGACCAACUCAAUGAGAAGAUUGGCAGCAAUGACAAGACUGUCCUCACAGACAAGUCCCAGGAUGCUGAGGUGCUGGAGGCGGAGAGGAAGCGUUUUGAGGACCUGGAGUUCCAGCAGCUGGAAAGAGAGAGUGGUCAGGACGAGGAGAAGGAGGGUCAGACCCAGCAACUACUCCGAGAGAUAGCAGAUUACCAGCGUAGUACUGUCACACGCAAGGAGAGACUCCUGACCCUGAAGAAGCAGUCUACACAGAUUACCCAGCAGUCUCAGCGAGAGAAGGACAGCUUCCUGAAAGAGAAGAACAACCUGCUCCUGAUGGUUCAGAGGGAGAGGGAGAACCUGGCUUCUCUGGAGAGGAAGUAUGCUGAACUGACUGGAGGGCAGGCCUUCCCUAACAACCCUGUUGCCAUGAAGGAGCACUUCCGCUUUCUAGAGGAGAGGAGGCGGGGCAGUAAGGAGAACUCCUCCCACCUCAGUGACACUCUGCCCCGUAAGAGGAGCCAGCAGGCCCUCAGUCACUACAGCAGCUCUACCCUGGGCCGUAGCCUCUCCCCUAAGUCCCACCUGCCCCUGUCCCAGAGCUCCAGCUGUGGUAGUAUCAUCCCCCGGGGCCUCUCUAUCUCUCCCAGAGAUCUGGAAACUCCACGCCUGCUCAAGGCAGGCCACAGCCACCUGUACAUGAGUGAGAACAGACAGAGACUGGUUGACCUGUGUAGCAGGACCGUGUCUGAGUCCAAUGUCUUCCUGGACCCCUUCCACUACGCAGACAAUGGCCAUGGCUUUGACACGCUCAGUAUGGACAGCUCUGACAGCAUGGAGACCAGCAUCUCUGCCUGCUCCCCAGACAACAUCUCCAGUGCCAGCACAUCCAACGUAGGAAAGAUUAAGGAGAUGGAACGUUUGUUACGAGAAGCCCAGGCUGACAAGCAUCGACUCCUUGAGCACAAGGAGCGUGAGAUGGAGGUGCGUAGGCAGGCCCUGGAGGAGGAGCGGAGGAGGAGGGAGGACCUGGAGAAGAGACUGCAAGAGGAGACCAGCAGGAGACAGAAAAUGAUCGAGAGGGAGGUGAAGUUACGCGAGAAACAGAGGGCACAGGCCCGGCCGCUGACACGCUACCUCCCUCAGAGGAAGGAUGACUUUGACCUCCAUGGUCACAUCGAGGCAGCUGGACACAACCCAGACAACUGCUACCACCUAGCCAUCACAAAUAAAACCUGCAGAGGGUUCCUGGUCAAGAUGGGUGGUAAGAUCAAGACCUGGAAAAAACGCUGGUUUGUCUUUGACCGGAACCGCAAGACCCUGGCCUACUACGCAGACAAACAUGAGGUCAAGAUGAAAGGGGUCAUAUACUUCCAAGCCAUAGAAGAGGUUUACUAUGACCAUUUAAAGAAUGCACACAAGAGCCCCAACCCAUCUCUGACGUUUAGUGUGAAGACCCAUGACAGGGUGUACUACAUGGUGUCUCCCUCCCCUGAGGCUAUGCGCAUCUGGAUGGAUGUCAUCGUUACCGGGGCGGAGGGAUACAUGCAAUUCAUGGUCUAAACCAGUGGCGGUUGGUGAUUGGCUGAAUGCCCGGGGCGCGAGGUUGUUGGAGUUGUCAACAAAGCAGCAUGACAUAUGAUGCCAAGUUUUUGUGCUACUGGUAGUUUCUUUGAGAAGAUAUAUAAAGCGAUCUGUGCAUUUGAACAACAGCAUAAAUGACCACUGCUGCACAUGCUGCCACUGAUUUGAACAGAUUAGAUUAUACUAUUUAGAAUGAGAAGCCAGGUCACGAACGAACGAGAACGUAACAAGCAUGCAGAUGCAAUAAGUGAAAACCCAUUAUCUAACUGGGGUAAUAUAGCUAAUAUACUGUCACAAAGCAGGAUGCGCUAGCCAGUUCAUUCUGAAUAUUUUCCAUAUUUCUGAGUUAGAUAUUAGUUUAGAAAGACUUGAAAUUGGCAUGGGAGCUAACUACCAAUCAAGUUACAAGAUAGCGAUAACUAGCUAGCUGCUUGUCAAAGGUAGAUAACUGGUUAAUUUUACAAAACAAUCUACUAAACUAUUUCUCAAUGUUUAUAAAAAUUACUGUAUCUGGCUUAUUAAUUAAUUUUAUCAUGCUGUUUCAGUCCACACUACAUGUCACCCUGUCACCUACAAGAGAACCAAAGGAACAACAUGGGGGGAAACAAUACAAUUGGCCAGCCACUGUCAUGCUUUUUUGUCCUACCAGAUCCCCAAUGAGAAAGUUCUAGCUAGUGUAUCCCUCUGUCUUUCGACACUUGUUGGAUGUAUGUAGAUGUCAGCUCCCAGGCUCCCAUGACUGUUGUGGUUAUUUAUUUACAAGUUAAUUACAAUUAGAUUGUUGCUUUAGCGCCAUCUGUACCUGAUAGAGCACACAUCUGUACCUGAUAGAGCACACAUCUGUACCUGAUAGAGCACACAUCUGUACCUGAUAGAGCACACACAUCUGUACCUGAUAGAGCACACACAUCUGUACCUGAUAGAGCACACACAUCUGUACCUGAUAGAGCACACAUCUGUACCUGAUAGAGCACACAUCUGUACCUGAUAGAGCACACAUCUGUACCUGAUAGAGCACACAUCUGUACCUGAUCUGGCAUGAGAGACUCAUUGGGAGGGAGACUAGAACAGACCCAGAAGUUCUGAUAGAGCACGCAUCUGUACCUGAUAGAGCACACAUCUGUACCUGAUCUGGCAUGAGAGACUCAUUGGGAGGGAGACUAGAACAGACCCAGAAGUUCUGAUGGAGUACGCAUUUGAGCGCCCCAGGACAGUCCAUUACCUUUGUGCUGGUAUAAUUUAUGCUAAGAAAUCCUGCGAUUUCAUUGGGGCAGUUCCCCCUCAUAGCAAAUAGCUGGCAAAACAAUAUAAGCAAUGUUUGCAUGGCAUAUGCACCCGCAAGGGACAGAGUAGUAAGUAACUGAACAGCUGGUUUUUAACAUUUUUUAAAUAGGAACAUGUACACAUUUACUGCACUUUUAUGAGCAUUUAAAACAUAAUUCAUGAAUUAUAUAAUAUAUACUGUAUAUAUUUUUUAUACAAAUAUUUUUGUUGACCAAUCACAAUUGGGGCACCGCCCCUAACGCCCUAAUGGGCGGGCCGCUACUGGUCUAAACAACCCCCCAUGGUCGCACAUCCUGACCACAGACUCUCAGAUGACUAACAAACAGGGAAUAUACUCUCCUCCAGUCCCAUUAGUGCCUAAAAGACAAAACAAGUUGACUGGUCAGGUUUGAGAACCUCUGUGACCUCAGCACAAUACCCUUCUGGUUUUUAGCUUUGUAACCACUUUUAUUUCCAUCUUACUUCAGUGAGCCCAGCUCUCUCCUCCUCUUCCGGAUUCAGCUGAUGUAAUGGUAAUCUGAUACUUCGCAGUCUAGCAGGGAAUGGCUUCCUCUGGAGGAUUGGGUGCCCAGUGCCGCUUGUUCAUUCGGAAAGGACUUACUCAGAAGAUUCUGAUACUUAUCGCUUUACGUUUGGAGAGGAGCCUUUUGGCACCUUAACAUGGUUUACCCUCAUGAUAUUUCAUGACUGUUAAUGACCCAGAGUCUAUGUCUGAGGUGUAUUAUGUAGUCUGAUAGGCUCACAGUGUACAAGAGAUUACUGCCCAUUCAGAACAAGAUACUUCUCUUCCAUUGUGGCGUAGUGAGAUUACACAUCGAAUCGAAACCUUUAAAGUAGCAUAUAUUAUUCAUAUUAUUUAUGAGUAGAAUCAUAGGAUUGAGACUGCCGUUGGAUAUAAUAUUAUAAUAUAUGCCAUUUCACAGACGCUUUUAUCCAAAGCGAUUUACUGUCAUGCAUGCAUAUAUUUUACGUACGGGUAGCCCCGGGAAUCAAACCCACUACCCUGGCGUUGCAAGGCCCAUGCACUACCAAUUGAGCUACAAUUGAGCUAACGCCUCUACUUCUCUGGUUUGAGAAGAGGACCAGGGCCUGGUUUCCCAAAAGCAUCUUAAGGCUGAAUGGUUCUAAAGAUGAAUUUAGCCUUAAGAUGCUUUUGGGAAACCGGGCCCAGAUUGAUUAAAGGAUCACAAGCUGUCCCAUCCUUUUCAUCAUCCAAAUUGAGCUGGCUGUUGAUUGGUCAACCAAAGCUCUCCCUCUGUUUUCCUUCCAGCUGGACAGUCUCUUUUUUCCCUCAAACGCUCCCUCUCUCUCCGGGGCCAAACCCUCCAGAGACUGUCUAGCAUCUGCAUAGACUGAGAGGACAAUAUGUCCCUCCAGUGGAAAACCCAAGGUGAUGCACAUCACCGAUGUGUGUCCUUUGUACCCUACUGUUGCUCAGGAACGUGGAGAUAACAGGGGAAACCCUGAAACACCAGGGACUUGAAGGUUUUGAAAGUACCUUUCUCAGCACUACGUACCAAAGACAUACCAUGUCUGUAUUUAAUAUGGAAAUCGUGGAAAUGGAACCUUAAGGCUCCACAAAGGGCUACUUACCGGGUGUGGAAGGCAUUGACACUGUGUGUGUGUGUGUGUGUGUGUGUGUGUGUGUGUGUGUGUGUGUGUGUGUGUGUGUGUGUACCUUUCGUGUGUGCCAUACAGCUAAAAUAUGUUAGCAAAAACUUCCAGUACUAGUUCAAAUGAAAUGUUUUAAUGGAGCGUGACAUUGUAUAUUGUGCCUUUAUGUGAGUUGUGUUUUAUGACAUGUAGUGUAAUAUCAUGCUGCCAGUGGGCUGGGUGCAGCUCCCUAACCGAUCAAUGGGCUCAUUCAUUUCUGAAAGUUUGAGAAGCGUUGCGUUGUGCCUAAGAACAGCCCUUAGCCAUGGUAUAUUGGCCAUAUUUCACAAACCCAGAGGAGCUUAUUGCUAUUAUAAACUGGUUACAAACGUAAUUAGAGCAGAAAAACUAAACGUUUUGUCAUACCCGUGGUAUACGGUUUGAUAUACCAUGGCUUUCAGCCAAUCAGAAUUCAGGGCUCAAACCACCCAGUUUAUAAUUUGAGUUAUUACACAGUCGCUAUAAAACCUGUGCAGUACUUGGAUAUACUUACUACUUUUAAAAUUACUUUUUGGGUCACAAAUAAUGGCACAUUAAUUUAUAUUAGUUUAAUUUUCCUUUUGUUGUUUAACAAAUAUAUUCAUAUUUGUCAGUAGUAUGUGCAUGUUGAACAUACAAAUCAGCUAUUUGUGUGAAACCAAAGAGCAAUGCAAUCUGCAGUAUUCUAGGGAGAUUAUAUGAAGUCAUGGAAAAAAGAAAAUGCGAUUCUACUUAUUUGACCCAGGUAUCUUAGCUGAUAUAUUUGUAAUUAUGACUGAUGAAAAAAAGUCAUGAUAAUUGUAAGAUGUAAUGAUACUGAACUGGCUCUCAUUCACCAUGAACUCACAGGUAGAACGUAGUAGCAAGGUCCCUGACUGUCAAUGAGGUGACUGGGAGAGUGCACACGAGACUAAAGGGACUUCUCUGACAGUGUUGCGGAGGUGACAGCAGGUUAGCUCACAGGGAAUCUUUCACAGUGUUAUGAAGAGGUGACUGACAAGCUCUCUGUGACCAGUUGUCUUUUAAAGCAGGAUGUGCUCAGUCUGUGUGACUACACAAUACGGGCACACUUUUCAGGUAUUUUCCAUGUAUAAGUUACCAACAUAACUGCAACACUUUUUUGAUGCAUUUUAAAUAUAUAUUUUGUAUUUUUAUAUGAACAGUGUUAUUGUUAAUCCUGCAUGUUUUUUAAACAAAUGUAAGAAUAAAUCAUAUACGUUUACUAA